AUGGCGGCUGGAGCAAUUUUAAAGACGACAGCUACCUUGACGGUACUAACAACUCUGAUCCUCGUCGGAACAGGUCAGUUUGGCUAGAUAAUAAUUUUCCGAUAAAGAUAAUAGUUUUCCGAUAAUUGAUGACUCAUCAUCAAUGUUCCCAAAAAUGCAUGUUUUCAGCGUUGUUCUACAUGUUGACCGGACAGGGACACAGAUUCGAUAUAGCAUGGUUCCUGACGUCUACUUCUCCGCACAUGUGGGCCGGUCUCGGUAUCGGAUUCUCUCUUUCUCUGUCUGUCCUCGGAGCCGGAUGGUAAGUUAUUCAGAAUCUUCGUUCAUUCUCUAGAACUUUUCUUUCCAGGGGUAUCUUCACGACAGGAUCUUCGAUUCUGGGAGGAGGAGUUAAGGCUCCAAGAAUCAGAACCAAAAACCUCGUCUCCAUCAUUUUCUGCGAAGCCGUCGCCAUUUUCGGUAUCAUCAUGGCCUUCGUUUUCGUCGGAAAGCUCGCUGUGAGUUUGCUUUGAAAUCGAAAAAGUUCUCGUUAUGAACGAAUGUUUAGGAGUUCCGUCGUGAGGAUCUUCCACUGACUAACGACGGACUCGCCAUCCUCGCCCGUAACCUCGCCGCCGGAUACAUGAUCUUCGGAGGAGGUCUCACCGUCGGAUUCUCUAACCUCGUCUGCGGCCUUGCUGUCGGAAUCGUCGGAUCUGGAGCUGCCAUCGCUGACGCCGCCAACCCGGCUCUUUUCGUCAAGAUUCUCAUCAUUGAAAUCUUCGCUUCGGCUAUCGGACUCUUCGGAAUGAUCAUCGGAAUUGUGCAGACCAACAAGGCUUCGUUCGGAAACAAAUAA